GGACAAGUGCUUCCAAGCUGGGAGAUGGCACAGGCAAGACAUCCUGAAAGGCGCACAAAGUGUGACCAAAGUUGCAGAUUCUACAUCGUCAGGACAUCCGGUACGAAACCCAUCAGAUAUCGACCCAACUACUUACGUACAGCAAAGCCCAGUCUUGUGCGGCCCCAGGCGCCUUGACUAUCGAUAUGCGAGGCAAACCAGUUCGCGGAUUAGUUCCAAUCCUGAUGUGGAUUAGGCCAGAUCCUUCCGCUUUCUUCUUGUUUUGUCUCAAGCAAGCGGUUUGCGAAUGCCUUGACGGCUGCGCUUACGACGUCUCUUCGACAGAGAGGCCUACUCAGCCAGACAGUGUUAGAGAAUAUCCCGACUGUAGACAGCCACAAACGCCUUGUACCUCACAGGUCCCCGAGGGGUCGGCGACGUUGGCUGCAGCCCCUCACUGUCCACCCCACGGCUAUUCAGUACCCGCAACCCACUAA